GCGGCCGCCAUCGGGGGGCUUCUGCUGGCUGGUCGUCCCGGGUGCCUCUAAGCGAGCAUCAGCUUUUCUCGCUCUUGAACCUGGAUUCGACUAGGGGUUGGGAAGGGCAGUGGACGGCGUUGGGGGAGGACUGACGAGAUUUAUGAAGAACUCUUCCCUUGAAUUCAUGGUGUUUCAUCCUAUGUACAACUGAGAUAUCAACUUUUUGGAUUGUUUUUGGACCAAAAAUGACAUCUAUUAUCAAAUUAACUACCCUCUCUGGGGUUCAAGAAGAGUCUGCUCUUUGCUAUCUUCUGCAAGUUGAUGAGUUUAGAUUUCUGUUGGACUGUGGCUGGGAUGAGCACUUUUCUAUGGAUAUUAUAGAUUCCCUGAGGAAGCAUGUUCACCAAAUUGAUGCAGUACUGUUGUCCCACCCCGAUCCUCUUCAUCUUGGUGCUCUCCCGUAUGCCGUCGGGAAGCUGGGUCUGAACUGUGCUAUCUACGCGACCAUUCCUGUUUAUAAAAUGGGACAGAUGUUCAUGUAUGAUCUUUACCAGUCUCGACACAAUACAGAAGACUUUACACUCUUCACGUUAGAUGAUGUGGAUGCAGCCUUUGAUAAAAUACAGCAGUUAAAAUUCUCUCAGAUUGUGAAUUUGAAAGGUAAAGGACAUGGCUUGUCUAUCACACCUCUGCCAGCUGGUCAUAUGAUAGGUGGAACAAUAUGGAAAAUAGUCAAAGAUGGAGAAGAAGAAAUUGUGUAUGCAGUUGACUUUAACCACAAGAGGGAGAUCCAUUUAAAUGGAUGUUCCCUGGAAAUGCUAAGCAGACCCUCCCUGCUUAUCACAGAUUCCUUUAAUGCUACGUAUGUGCAACCUCGGAGAAAACAGAGAGAUGAGCAGCUUCUGACAAAUGUCCUGGAAACACUUCGAGGUGAUGGAAAUGUAUUAAUAGCAGUGGACACUGCAGGCAGAGUUUUGGAACUUGCUCAACUCCUUGAUCAAAUCUGGAGAACUAAAGAUGCAGGAUUGGGUGUCUACUCACUGGCACUCCUGAAUAAUGUCAGCUAUAAUGUGGUGGAGUUUUCCAAGUCCCAGGUAGAAUGGAUGAGUGACAAAUUGAUGAGAUGUUUUGAAGAUAAAAGAAAUAAUCCAUUUCAGUUUCGCCAUCUCUCUUUAUGUCACGGUCUUUCCGACUUGGCUCGGGUACCUAGCCCCAAAGUGGUACUCGCCAGCCAGCCUGACCUGGAAUGUGGAUUUUCAAGGGAUCUCUUCAUUCAGUGGUGUCAGGACCCUAAAAACUCAAUCAUUCUAACUUACAGAACUACUCCUGGGACUUUAGCACGUUUCCUAAUUGAUAAUCCUUCUGAAAAAAUUACAGAAAUAGAGUUGAGGAAACGUGUGAAGCUUGAAGGGAAAGAACUAGAAGAAUACUUGGAAAAAGAGAAACUAAAGAAAGAAGCGGCAAAAAAACUUGAGCAGUCAAAAGAGGCAGACAUAGAUUCCAGUGAUGAGAGUGAUGUUGAGGAAGACAUUGACCAGCCGUCAGCUCAUAAGACUAAGCAUGACCUGAUGAUGAAAGGUGAAGGUAGUCGUAAAGGAAGCUUCUUCAAACAGGCUAAAAAGUCUUACCCUAUGUUUCCUGCCCCAGAAGAAAGAAUUAAAUGGGAUGAAUAUGGAGAAAUUAUCAAACCGGAGGAUUUCUUAGUGCCAGAACUUCAGGCAACUGAAGAAGAGAAAAGCAAAUUAGAAUCUGGCUUGACAAAUGGAGAUGAACCCAUGGAUCAGGAUUUAUCUGAUGUUCCUACCAAGUGUAUUUCUACGACAGAGUCUAUUGAAAUAAAAGCCAGGGUUACUUACAUAGACUAUGAAGGACGCUCUGAUGGAGAUUCCAUUAAAAAGAUCAUUAAUCAGAUGAAACCACGACAGCUGAUCAUUGUCCAUGGACCACCAGAGGCCAGUCAGGAUCUUGCAGAGUGCUGCCGUGCGUUUGGCGGGAAAGAUAUUAAGGUGUACAUGCCAAAGCUACACGAAACGGUUGAUGCCACUAGUGAAACUCACAUCUACCAGGUGAGAUUGAAAGAUUCACUUGUCAGCUCCCUUCAGUUUUGUAAGGCAAAAGAUGCCGAAUUAGCUUGGAUAGAUGGUGUCUUGGACAUGAGAGUUUCCAAAGUGGACACAGGAGUUAUUUUAGAAGAAGGAGAACUGAAGGAUGAUGGAGAAGACUCAGAAAUGCAAGUGGACGCUCCUUCGGAUUCCAGUGUUAUAGCACAACAGAAGGCCAUGAAGAGUCUGUUUGGGGAUGAUGAGAAAGAGACAGGUGAAGAAAGCGAGAUCAUUCCGACCUUGGAGCCCUUACCCCCCCACGAGGUUCCUGGACAUCAGUCAGUUUUUAUGAAUGAACCAAGACUGUCAGACUUCAAACAAGUUCUCUUACGGGAGGGGAUUCAAGCUGAAUUUGUAGGAGGUGUACUUGUUUGCAACAACCAAGUAGCAGUCCGUAGAACGGAAACUGGACGCAUUGGAUUAGAAGGCUGCCUUUGUCAAGAUUUUUAUAGGAUAAGAGACCUUUUAUAUGAACAGUAUGCCAUUGUGUAAAGGAUAUGAUGUCAAGAAGUAUCUGUUUGACUUUUCUAAGAAAAAAGCGUUCUUAUUCUAAGCUUUUGCUUUUUUGUUUUGUAACAUACAAAAAGAAUUGCCAGAAAAAUUUAACAUGCAUUAGAUUUUUAAAAAAAUGUAAAUAGAGUCCAUUUUGCUAAUGUUCAAAUGAGUGUUCUACCUUUUGGCUUUCAGAGUGAUAGAGACCCUAACAAGUCCGCAGGCCCGAGUAUUGAAGGUGAUUGGUUUCCUCUAUAGACCCCUUAUUCUAGAAGGACGUUUUACUUGAAUAAAACAAUGCAACUUAGCAAACCAGCUCAUGGCCUUAGAGAAACAUGUUUGCAUGUUGUGAGUUCUUGCAAACAGUUUCUUAACAUUUUCUGGAAUGAACAGUGAGAAUUAUUUAGAAAAGAUAUGCUAUAUAAAAAAUAAUUGGUGAAACAGUUUUUUGAGGCCUAUGUGUUUGAAAAACAACAAAAAGAAAACAAAGAGUUUGUGCUCUAACUCUUCUUUUGAAUUCUGAUAGGCAGUUGUCUUCACAUGGGGCAUAUCUCCUUACCUGUAUUUCCCAGUUAGUCAGUCUAGGAAGGUGGUGCACACUUGGUUCAGAAAUCAAUUUUUAUUUCUCCCAUCUCUUGUUUUAUCAAGAUGUUCAGUUUGAAUUACAACACCAUCAUUUGAAUACACAUAAUGCAAAAGAACUCCUUGCCGUCAUAAGAAUAAAAAAAAAAAAACUCCUUGCCGUGUUACAGUCUUAAGGAUUCUGUAUACAUUUUAGCUAUCAGCUAGGUUACUUCAUUGGAAACUGUUUAGUGCUCUGUUUUUAAGGAAACAAAUGUUGAACCUCAUAUUUUUAUAAGAUAAUAGUAUAAUUUAAUCAAAAGGUGUAAAUGUUUUCAACACUUAGGCUUGCUCCCUCCUAAGGUUGCUGAAGCAGUGGAUGGAUUUUAUACACCUAAGUACAAAAAUAAUACUGAAGUUGGAUAAGGUCAUCCUUUCUGUGUUCCUGUCUUUGUUGGGGCUGGCAGCCCUGGUAUUCUAUAAGCCACUUGUGUUUAAGAGUAAAAACUGAACAUAUGCAAUUUUCAUUGAACUUAAAAAUGAAAAUCAUGUUGUCCUCUUGUAAUCUGUUGAUGCUUUUUCAGUGUGUAGCUUGAUCAUGGCAGUCCUUGAUCUUUACUUCUUAAGUAAUUAAGCCCUCUUCCUCAUACUUAGCAUUUUUAGAAGGAUCAUUCCUGUUUAACUUAUAUGGAUCUAUGUACAGUAUGGUACUACCCAGUGAUAUCAGACUAGAAUUAAUAUUCUCUUUCAGAGCUUACAGAGAAUUUAUUGUGGAUUAUAGUGCUAACACAAAGUUACAGUCUUCUGAUACCAAAAACCAGAAUGCAAAACAACAUUACAGAAGGUGACAAUAAAGAGUAUUUUUUUUUUUUUUUGUGGAGCUUUGAAAAAAUUUCACUUAAAUUCU